AUAAUAUCUGCCCCUUGUUCAUUUCAAAACCCAUUGGAAGUGUUGAAAGUCAGAGAUUUGAGCUAUUAUUUUCCCCUUGGGAGGGACAAAAAAGUUCUAGUUUUCCAUAUAAACACCAAACAACAUUGGAUUUCUCGGUCUUCCUUAUCUGAACAAGCAAUAUUUGUCACAUCCGUAAUUUAUGACACGUCUGUUAAGUCCCAUAAUCAGCUGUUCGCUGAUAUGAACUUGAGAACGAGCACCACUAACUUCCUUAUCACGGCUCAGUGCGUUUUCGGCCUUUGAGAUAGUUAUUGGUCUCUGACGAUGUCGAACACAGAUCGUUUGGUGUCGAUUCCACCUGAGGAUCUCCUCACACUCCUGGACAUGUACAAAGUCAAUUGGCCACGGCAUUUGCUUAGCUACCAAACGAUCUAUCACUUCUUUCUGUGGCUGCAGAAGAACUCGUCGAUUGAGGAUCUCUUCGUAUGGAGUCUCAACGGCUCUUGGCGACAAAAUGGAACUGUGAUCAUCAAGAGUCACCGUGACAUUCACAUUGCCACUUUGGAUGAGACUCACGAGAGUCUCUUCCGAGCUCUGUGUCUCCUCGAUUGGAGUCCAGGCAUCCUCGUGUGCUCCUUCUUGGAAUACAUGCGACCGGCGCCUCUCAGAGCCAUUGAGAAGUGCAGAGUUCCUGUUGCCUAUGACUGUUCCUACAAGUUCUUCAUACUGGCCAAGGAGAAAGCGAUGGAUCUGCAGGAGGUGAAUCUGCCAGAGAACAUCACAAUCAAGAGACUCGCUGUUGAAGACGCUUCAGUGGCCAAUGAUUUGUGGCCAUACAAGAAGGAUGGAUCUCUCGUGUUCCUUGAGCGAAUGGCAAAGUACAAUGUUGCCUUCAGUGCGUAUUCCUCGACAGGACAACUCGUUGGCUGGGUGUUUGUGGACUCUUCUCUGGGCAUUGGCACACUUCACGUCGUUGAUGAGUUUCGCGGCAGGAAAAUUGCUCAAGCUCUGGUCGUGAAGAUGUGUCACUAUCUUUCCGGCACUCUCAAUAUUGAUCCUCACACGUUCAUCGUGACGAAUAACUAUCCAUCGAUUAAUCUCUUCAAGAAGCUCGGCUUUGUGGAAAACACCGAACUCGGCUAUUGGAUUCAAACCAAACCAUUCAGCGAGAAUGGUGCAAAGUUGUGUGCGUGAGAGAUAAAAAUAAUAAAAUUGAAUAAGUGGGACUAA